CAUUAAAAAGAACAUAGUUCACGAUAGGACCUCCAAACUCAUUAUAACAUCUCCCUCUGUUCAAAAGACAGUUAUUCGUAUAAAUUGAAAGGGGACACCCGGUGCGUUCUCCAAAAUGGCGUCUUCGCCCGAAACGGGAGGAAAGUUCUCUGGUUAAUCGUUAAUCCCAGGGGGACGGUUUCGAUGAACGAAAAGUCGCGGUUCUUGGACGACAUGGUUCGCGGCACCGAUGGCCAAUAGACCGGCCGUUUUCUAUUCUAAUUCCGAUGCUAUUCUAGUACACGAACGCCGGCCAAUGGGCUACGUCCGCCAGUAAAGCGUUCUCUUCUCCUCGCCGUACCCCUCUGCACCCCGUUCCUCGUGUCAACCGCAGUCGUUCUCGAGGCAUCGCGUGCACCAGAUUACAGAGCCAGCCUCAUCCUCCUUUUAUUUGGCGCGUUUAUCGGCCACCGUUAAGCCACGAAAGCGAUAACAAUCGAGGGAAAGAACGCGGCUGAACGCGUGUCCAUUUUCGUAAACAGCGAGUGGGGAGAAGAGACACUAAGUAAACCGGGGGAUCGUCUCCCUCGUCUAGACGGACCGCAGAGAAACGGGAAAGUAAAACGGAAUAGUGUGCAGUUCGAUAGUGUAACAGGGUGACUGAACGUUCGUUUCGAUCGAGGGACAUUGAAAUAAAACGGUGGAGGACAAGGAGUGAGACUUUAGGAGGAGCCUUGCGAGGGAGAGAUGCAGUGGCGUCGACAACGAAGGGUUACCCACGUGAUCGGCUCGUCCAAUCACGUACUACUAUUAGCGAGGUACCAAGACGCUCCACCCGGCGAGGAGGACGAAGAAGAAGGAUUGCGAAACGGGUUCGCGAAGGGCCAGGAAAAUGACACGAGCAUGCACAGUUACAGUCGGAAUGGACAGGGUGGUUACAAGCCUCGCAGGAGCGGAAACGGUGAUGCCGGGACACGAUCUCACAAGGACGAGUCGUCCGGUUCACCGUCUCAGCCGAAGAUCAUCUUCAACGAAGACGAGUACACGAGGAUCACUACCCCUCGCCAGGAUAUGCUGUUCAAGAAGGGCUAUCUGUCGAAGAAGAAACCCUGGGCUGGUAACGCAAACACCAGCGCAACGUCGUCGACCACCGAGAGCCAAUCCGCGUCUCAUUCCACCGCAGAUGGCAGCGAAACGACGGAGGAUCAGCAGCUGUUGGACCGAGACUGCGGCACCGGCGAGUACCCACCGAUGAUCGAACCUGGGGCCCAGUUAGGCUACGGAACGUUUUACGAUCAUGCUAGCGGUUACUACUACGAGUACCCUGUGAUGUUGGUUGGUCCCGCGCCAGUUCCUGCACAGGUUGCGCCCAGUGUCCUGGCGGCCGUACCCUGUGGACCCGUGCCACUCAGGCCGAUAGAGUGGAUCAAUCCUACCUUUGUGCCUAAACUGGCCGGGCAACCUUACUACAUGAUGGAUUAUGAGACCAACCAAUGCGUGGAGACAGCAGUGGUAUCAGAGGAGCAAGAGAAUAUUGUGCUACCAGUGGAGACCUCGAAUGGAACUUGCAACGAGAGUUGCACAGGAAGUACCAGUUGCAACGGUAGCGUAGCUGGCGAGGUUGAAGAGCAAGGAACUGAAGGUAACCCGGUGGAGGAUGAACAGCAAGGCGAUGAACAGAACGAGGAACAGGUAGAAGAGCAAUACUUGAACGAGCAACACGUGGAAGAACAGCAGUUGGAAAAUGGGAUGAACGGUGUUCCUUACAUGGAGCCAGUAUUGAUGCAACAACCAGUCCACGUGUCCCACGUGAUACCGGCGGUCCCUCAACCGUACAUGUAUCCUGGCCACUACAUGUUCGGCCCUCCUUUGGUCAACGUGAAUGGUGUCACGAUACAAGGUGGACCCAUGAUCAGAACCACGGACGUGGCGACUAUGUCGGCGGCCUGUGCCAAGAGAAGAAAGAAAAAAAAGAGAAGGAAGCAGAGAAGACUUGCUACGGGUAACACGGAGGGCAACACGGACGAGGAAGAAGGAGAAUACAGCUCCGAAUGUGAUACCGGUCUACCGUCUUCCCGGCUGUCCUGGACAGCGUGUUCAUCGAUCAACAGCAAUCGGCCAUUGAACCCUGAAUGCCAGGAGUUCAAGCUGCGACAAGUCGUCGAACCUGAUACCUCGUUAUCAACUAUUCCAACGUCCGCGAACGCGCCGGCCAGCGAGGAGUGUUCGGCCAACCAGUCGGGCACGUUGUCGUCCGACGCGACCAACGCCGGCAAUGAGAGCGACCAGGUGUGCAACGGCGUCGUCCGCGACGAGUCGAAUAACCGGAAGGACGACAAGUUGAUCGCGAACAAUUCCGACGACGUUGGAUCGUCGUCCUCGUCGUCGUUCUCGUUAGAGAAGAGUCAAUCGACGUCGCCGGACGCGACAAACUCGAGCGACGAAGCGAAUAGACUGACGAACAGUCUCUUCGAGCAGGAAGAGACGAAUCGUUCAACGAACAAGGUGGUCCUAGAGGACACCUUGGAGGUGGAGAAACUGCCAAACGCUAACGAUAACGAAGCAGCGAACGACGCGUCGUUAGGAACGACGAUUAAGGAGAUGAACGGUGUCGAGGAGAGGAGCCUGGUGAACGGGAAGAUGGACUCCGAUUCGAACAACGAAGACGCUACGAUAGCGACACCGAAACCAUCCUCGCCUUGUAACGACGAACGGACGCGGUCUAGAUCCAUAACGCCAAAGACUGCUCCCUUGGAGAACGGAGGAAUCCGCGAGGAGAAUCAUUCGUCCUUGUCCAGCAGUAAACCUUCGUCGAACAGUUUGCCGAAGAGGAAGUACAACGCGAAAGGUGCGAAGUUCGUGAGGGAACCAACGCCUGGUCCAGACUUGGACGGCACCGCGGAGCCGGAAAUCGAGACCAAGGUCUUAACGAACGAUUUGAACGAUUUAAACGAGAAUUUGGAGAAAGCGAAUCUGUCGAAUGACUCGAAACCGGAUUCCAUGUUCGAGCAUCGCAGCAACAAGACAGAAGGUGAUCAGGUGUCGAGUAAGUUUGCAUCGGAGAACGUUUGUAAUCAUUUGAGCAAAGACGAUCCGAUCGAGGCGUCGAACGAAGACUCCGGCUUCGAGAGUCAGACACGGUUGUCCGAUUAUCCCAUCACGGACGCUGUUACGGAGUGGCUUCGCAGAGCGAACUCGCCAGAUAUCUUCAUCACGUCUAACGUCUCGGUGGACACCGAGACGGAGGACGAGGAUGACGUGGACGAAGAGCCGCCAAAAAACUUGCAAGGCAACCCCAUGCCUGCACUAUCUGCUAAUAGCGGCGUCGCGGACAAUGCGUCAUUGUCGCGGGCCGCUAGCAGCGAAUUCGCAAGGAUCAGCAACGUAAAGGUCCAGGAACAGCUGGACGCAGCCAACGGUGGUGGUUCAAGGAAAAAGAGAGAGGCGAAGAAGAGAUCCGGGGAACGAAGGCGGGUAAGACACACGGAUGGCACACGUUUGGACCACGAGGUGGUGUCAUCGUCGGAUUCGUGCGGCCAGAUGGAGGACCCGGUGAACAGCAGAAGGAAGAAUCCGUCGAGGCAGCUGGAGACUGUUGGUGAUGUUUGCGAAUUAACUGAGAAGGAUAGCGUUGCGGGUAUGAGGGUUGCUUCAAAUUCUCGGAUGGACUCGAAGAGGGUCAACGUAAGGCGAACGAAAAGACAGGGGAGAUCCGGUCGGGAUCCCACGAGCAUUAUUGAUACGAAGAUCCGUCGCACGAAGGACGCGGACGAGAAGAACGACGUCGAUUACGACGACGACGACGACGAGGGUAUCGUCGAGGACACGAUGAACGUAAGGACCUUCGAGAAGGGUGAGAUCGUCGUCUCGGAGGAGGGGAAGUUGUUGACGACCUCCGCUCACGAGCCGGUAUUGCGAAACAAUAACGACGCUUCCACGACGAUCAAAGCGAUCGGGACGAGCGAAACGGCGAAAGAUACGGUUAAACGAAAGACGGUGGAUAGAAAGAGGAGAAGCAGCGGCGAGGAGGAGAAUUGUAGCGGGAGAAAUUCCUUGGACAGCAUAGAGGAGCCUGACGUGUUAGAAUGCUGGGAAGCGGAGACGAUUGAACCUGUGAUAACCCCGAAGAGGAUGUUGCAAUGCGAGGGGGUAAUGUGCGAGGGCGAAGCUGCUGAAGACGAUAUCAUCGAAGUUGAACAGGUCAACAUCGAUUACGUUCAGAAAUAUUAUAGAUUAGCUCGGGAGAGUGCUACUAGCGUAGAGGAUGAUACGAAUGGCUCUAAGAUGAACGUAGAUUUCUCAGCAUCAUCGAAAUCAGUGCCAAAUCAGUCCGAGCAAAUUGAUGAUAUCCCGACGCGCAACGGUGACCUCGUCGGCGACAAGAACGUCCCCAUAGACGAGGCUUUUGAGGUAUACGAAAGCUGUUACACCGGCAAACCUCCGUUCCUGCCAAUCGAUUCGAAAGUUUUCAAGUCACGAACGUUCUACGGUCAAGAGGGCGAACAUCCGAUACCGUGCAGAGCUGUUUGUUGUAACAUCCAAUGAUUCGCGACUGUUAUCGAGAGACUUGCUACGAGUACUUCUCCACAGGGACUGUUUCUGAAUAACUCCGGCUGUACCGAUGUCAUAGGCCGUCCUUUUCUAAAUAUCCCUAAGCCUCUGACGUUGUACUAUUACUUUGAUGGAUGAUUCGAUCGCAUAACGAUGGACCGUACAUUUAAUCACCGUUAACCAUUCAUUAUCGUCACGUUAAUUACAUUGAAUGAAACUAGAGAAAAAAGAACCCUGUGGAUGAUCGUUGUAUGGAUGCAAAGAUGUUGAAACUUGGGGGUAUGCUCAAAGGGCAGCGGAUAAUAUAGCAAAAGCCUACGUAUUGCUAUUCAUUUUUGUAAAUAGCUUUAAGAGGUCGCUCGCAAAUCGUGUUUCAUGGAAACUUCGUUGAAAAUUAACAUAUGCAUUGAAGCAUAUAUAUAUAUAUAUAUACAAAUAUUUUUGACAUUAUCGUCAAUGUUACUUGGUGCACAUAUUCUUUCAUUUAAUUUUCUUCUUUCAUUCGAUCAUUUUUGUUCUCCUAAAUUGUACCGCAUGAAAGUUUCGUUACGUUGGAUCGUUUAAAAUGAAUCGUGCUUAGGAUGUUUCAUUCGAUAUUGUUGCGAAUACAACAAAAUGGAUCUUAAAGUCUGAACUCUGCGAAACCAGAGUAAAAGAGAAACCAACCAAAAUCUCACACCAAAUGUCGUUUCAGUUGUUCUCGCACUAAUGUUUUUUAUAUAAGUACCGAACACGAAUUACAUUAACAUCAUGUUGACUAAGGCAUAUUUUUUACAAAACUUAUCUAGAGGGUAAAUUUUAAACUACGAAAAGAUUAAAAAGAAAAAAAAGAAAGAUUAAUAAAAACACUAGCGUCGUUCAUCACGUACCACGUUAGAUGGCCUUUCGUUUAGGGAAAUUUUCUCGUGUGCAAGUUUAAACAUAAAAACGCUGCAAACCGUAAUGUGCACUCUCGUCGUUUGAAAAUUUCUAAAUGGGAAGGGAUAACGAGAUCCAGUAACCGAGCUACAUUUUAGAAAAAAUAAUAUGCGACAGUCGUAAAUGAUAAUACGUUUGGCUAAGGUGCAGAGAGUAGUUGAUGAUAUGAAAUGGAUUGGUAACAAAGUGAACUAUAUAACUUGUACUGUAGCUGUUAUGAAGCUAACAUAAGAUGUAUAUAGAUGAAACUUACAGGAGACAAGCAAAGAAGUUGCUAUGGGAUUUUUUUGUUAAAACGUUUAAAAGAGGAGCAUUUUUGUUUUGUAAUAGAUGUUUGAAUUUGAAACUAGGAGAACACAUUUCACUCAUACACAUUAUUGUACAACAUAUUGAAGUUGCACUUGUUACAACAUAGUUCACGCUUUAGUUGAGUUGUGUCAAGUAGGUCGAAUACCUCAGGUUGCAUAUUAUGUAAGUUGAUUGAUAGAUGUGGUUCGUGAAAAAAAAAAAUCAUACAUACAUAUAUAUGUAUAUGUACCCCAUAUCAUAAGAUGCGAAACAUACCUCAAAUGAUACCUGUAUAUAUAAAAACUACCAAUCAUCCAGGCAUAGUAACAUCAAGUAUGAUAAUGAUAAUAUUAAUAUUAAUGAUAAUAAUAAUGUUAAUAAUAAUUAAAAAAAAAAAAAAAAAACUAUUAUCACAACAGCGAUAUAGGCACAAUCGUUCCUGCAAAGCUUUAGAUUCCCUAGGCACCAUUUGACAUAACACAAUAUCCAGGACGAUCCAUAUACUUAUAGAAAUUCAUUGACAUCCAGUUACAUUAAAGAUAAAUAUAUUGCUAUAUUAAA